UUGGAAGUCAUGCAAAAUCAGAGCUUUGUAACUGAAUUUGUACUCCUGGGACUUUCACAGAAUCCAAAAAUUCAGAAAGUAGUAUUUGUUAUAUUUUUGUUUGUCUACAUUGCAACCAUCUGGGGCAACAUGCUAAUUGUGGGGACCGUUGUCUGCAGCCCUGCUCUGCUGGAAUGCCCCAUGUACUACUUCUUGACUUUCCUGUCCUUCCUGGAUGCAUGUGUCUCUUCUGUCAUCAUACCGAAGGUGAUUGCUGACUCCCUCUAUGGAAGGAACACUAUCUCCUUUGAAGGCUGCAUGGUGCAGCUCUUUGCUGGACACUUCUUUGCUGGGGUGGAGGUGAUUGUGCUCACAGCCAUGGCCUAUGACCGCUACGUGGCCAUCUGCAAGCCCUUGCACUACUCUUCCAUCAUGAACAGGAGGCAAUGUCAUGCUCUGAUGGGUGUAGCCUGGACGGGGGGCUUCCUGCAUUCUGUCACCCAAGUUCUUUGUACUUUCCAGCUUCCCUUUUGUGGCCCCAAUGUCAUUGACCAUUUCAUAUGUGACCUGUACCCAUUACUGAAGCUUGCCUGCACUGACACGCACAUCUUUGGCUUUUUGGCAAUUGCCAACAGUGGGUCCAUCUGCAUUAUCAUCUUCUCCCUGUUGCUUGUUUCCUACGGUGUCAUCUUGUUCUCUCUGAGGAAGCACAGUUCUGAAGGGCAGAGGAAGGCUCUGUCCACCUGUGGGUCCCACAUUGCUGUUGUAGUUUUAUUCUUUGUCCCCUGCAUCUUUGUAUAUACACGACCUCCAUCUGCCUUCUCCUUUGAGAAAAUGGUGGCGCUCUUUUACUGCAUGCUGCCUCCUUUGCUGAAUCCUUUGAUUUAUACUUUUAGGAAUAAGGAAGUAAAAAAUGCCAUGAGGAAAACAUGGAAGAAAUUGAUGGUAAUUUCUCAUGAGAAA